AUGUUGCUUAUGAAAGGGCUGGUGCAGACGCUCGCGCACCGAGGCGAGGGCGCACAGACAUUCGUAAGGGGAUUGAACGUCGCACUACAUCAGUUGCAAAGCGGUGCAGGCAGCUCUGCUCUUCUGGUGCAGCAGGGCGUGCAGCAGCUCGUUCCAG